ACGAUAAAUCAAAAUAGCACGAAGGCGAAGUGGGCUCCACUGGAAGAACAUGAAAAAGAUGAACCUUACUGCAAAACCAAUGUAGAAAAACGCGAAAUAACCUCUUAAAGAAAACAUGUGAAGAAGAUGAAACUAGCAGAGUUGACAACAACAACGACGAAGAAGAGAGCAAAAAGCACACGCAGCGCAGAAAACAGAAAAAACACGACCAAGAGACCACGAAAACUUCGACGACGACAGCAACGACGACGACGACGGCUACAAAGUUCUUGGAGUGGUGGCCACAACCACAACGCUUGCCAACGUGCAGCCACAGCUGAAGGGGAGAGAGAGAAACAGGCGGCGGCGGCAGGUGGCAGUGCAGUAAGGAGAGCUCAUGCUGAAAAAUCAAUCAAGCAACAGCACAUGCUGUCCACUGUUUCUACUCUAAUUAACUAAAGCACUCAAAAUGGACUUCGAGAGGAUCAUUAACGGUUUGGAGUCAAAUCAAACGCACGAGAAUGAAGAGGCAAAGAAAAAACUUGUUGAACUUUUCACCCAAAAUAAGGAACAAUGGCCAGUGCGUUACAUGCUGGACUACUACAUCAAUACGGGCUCAAUGCGCAUCAUGGAAGUGCUGGUAAAGGCACAGCCUCCACACGAUGGCUACAUCUUUGAUCGCCUGGACGACUGGCUCAAGCAGCAACAGUUUCGCGUGCAGGCGCUUAAUGUCUUCUGUUUCAUUGUGCGACGCCAUCCCACCUGGUUGCACAAAAUCGAGAAGCAUCGCCUCAUAAAGAGCGUAUUCAAGCUGCUAAUGCACGAGAAAGAUAUUGUGCCGUUGAUGAGCGCGCUUCUGUGCAUAAUUACGCUGUUGCCCAUAAUACCGAACUCUGUGCCGAACCUGUUGAACGAUCUGUUUGACGUGUUUGGACAUUUGGCCUCAUGGAAAUCGCAAAACGUGAAUAGGUUGCCGGAUGAGAAGCUGGUCCACUUGCAAUUGGGCUUGCAAAUGCUCUUUCAUCGUCUGUAUGGCAUGUAUCCGUGCAAUUUCCUCGGCUAUCUGUCGGAAUUCAUCAAGAAGGACAAGGGCGGCAUCUUUCAGCAUACGAUUAAACCAUUACUGGACACGGUCCGCGUGCAUCCGAUGCUCUUGACGGCCACCAUUGAAACGGAGGUGAGCAACGCUCGUUGGAAGGAAAUGGAGCCACACGAUGUGGUCAUGGAGUGUGCACACUUGUCGCUGCCCGUGCUGCAUCCCGAUUCCACAAACGAGGACAUCAACUCCGCCUAUCCCUGCAGCACGCCCAGCUUUAGUCGCAUGACUUCGACCAACUCGUACAGCGAUCAGCACAACAAUAUUAGCAAUCAGUUAAGUACACAGCAGCUAACUAGCGCACCUGUUCGACGCUUUGAGUCGGCGCUGGCGGAGAGCGGCAACACACCGAUCUGGAGUCCACAUAACGAAAUAGCCGCUGCUACCGGCAGCACUGCUAUACCCCUGACGCCGACGCCACCGUUUAUUUUGCCGUCCAGCAGCAGCGCGCAGCUGCUUGUUGCGACGGGCUCCUCGCCGCCGGAGGCAGCUGUCGAGGCUACGCCGGAGACAACACCUUUGAAAGAUUUGCGCGACUUUAAACAACAUCAACAGCAGCAGCAGCAGCAGCUGCCCAACUCACAUGCGGUCCGUGCCAUCUUUGGUAGCAGCCAACCAUCGUCGCCCAUGCGCAAGGAUCAGCAAAGCCAGUUUCACUUUCCUGACAUCAAUAAAAUGCAGCAAGGUGAGCUUCCAGAGCUCAAAGAUACAAUGCUCACGGCUACUCUGUGCCCGACGGGUCCGAAUGCGGUGCAGGCAACGCUGCACACCUGGGAGACCAAGGAGCUAAGGGGCACCGUUUGCGGCGACUGCAACGAAACGGAUCGCAGCCUAUGCAGCGAUGGCGGACUGCACAUGCCCACCAGCCGGUCCAUGCAUCAGCUGGUCAAGGGAUUCAGGCGACGAAAUCGCAUGGUUAGCUGCAACGAGAGCAGCAAUACCAGCGGCUGGCCUGGCAGCACAGCCUCCAAGCGGGCAGCCUUAAACAGCGCUCCGGAGGACAGACAAAUGCGACGCACCAAGUCGUGCUCGGCUCUGGCCGGCCUGCAGCAUGAAGAUGAUGACGAAACCGAUUGCCCGACUCUGCCGCAGAAUAAUGGCAAUGGGAAUUGCGUGCAAACACAAAAGACUGGGCUGGCCGGCAGCCGACUGCAGCGUAGCGGCCGCAUGCUAACCAUGGUAACAGCGAAAAUUGCGACCGGAAUUGCAUCCAAGUCGCAGGAGGUGCAGACAAUUGAGAUGGUGCCAUCACGGUACGAGAAUUGGCUCGUUGAGCUGUUGCUCGAGUGUAAGGAGCAGCGCAAUAAGUACGAGAGAAGUCAAUUGUACCCGCAGGACAUACUCGAUCAGUACAUAAUGCGCUCCGUACACGCCAAGGACAGCGCCGAUGCAACAUCCAAUCUCACCGUUUCGUCCCUGCAGGAGCAAUACCAUUUGACUUGCUUGCAGCUUCUGUACGAGCGCUAUCGACGCAGCAUUCACGCGGAGCGCAAUCGCCGCCUGAUGGGGCGCAGCCGUGACAAGCGUAGUCUGGAAAUGGAGCGGGAUCGUUUGCAUGAACAGCUGAAAAAUUUUGUUGUGAAGAACCGCGAUCUGGCCCUAAAAAUGGACUCGGCUAUACGGCAGUCGAAUGAGCGACAAAACAACUACAACCUGGAGCUGGCCGACCUUAAGUCCAAAUAUCAGCACGAACUGGAGCAGAAUAAAUGUCUGCGGCAGGCAAACGAUGAUCUGCAAACGCGUCUCAGCUCCGAGAUGCAGCAGCGCAAGGAGAUCAACUACGAAGUGGAGUUUCUACGCGGUCAAAUCUUCACCAUGAGCACGGAACUGCAGCGUGCCCAACAGCAAGCAGACAUGGGACUGCAAUGCAAGCAGGAGCUGGCGCGCUUGGAGGCAGAGUUUAUUAUCAUGGGCGAGGUGCAGGUGCGUUGUCGGGAUCGACUGGCCGAAAUUGAUAACUUUCGUGCGCGCGAUGAGGAGCUGCAGCUGCUUCAAGAGAGCUACAAUGCAGAGCUAAAGGAGCUAAAGCAUAACUUGGAUGAGAAGACAUCUCUGCUCGAAAGCACCAGGCACAAAAUCAGCGAACAACAGGCGCAGCUGGUCAACAGUGAGAAGGUCAUCACCGAGCAGAAGCGUUUGCUGCGCACCGUCAAGGAUGAAUACGAGGAAAUGUUUAAGUCGGUGAACAAAAAAUACGACAUUCAAAAGAAGAUCAUUAUACAAAUGGAGGAGAAGCUCAUGCUGUCGAUGCAGCAGCCGCAGAGCGCAGUGGGGCACACCACUUGCUCGCCGGACACCGACCGUACAGACAUCGCUUCGUCCAUGGAGCGCAACUCGCCGCUCUCCACGUCGCUGGCAUCGAGUGAAAGUCUUUCAGCUAGCCUGCGCUCUACGGAGCUAAAAAAUCUUCAACAGUUGCUCGAGCCGCCUUCGAUGCCGGAUGUUCUAAACAGCAUGGCCAGCGGCACAGGCACGGGCACGAGCUUGUACGAAGACAAUGCGCGCAUGCCGGCAAUUGACUUGGCCACGUCGGCAGGCACUGCUAGCGCUAUAAACAUUAUGCAGACGACAGCGACGGCAGCAUUGCCGCAAGAAUUGGACCUGCCAACGACAUCUAAUCACACACAACAUACCCACCCACAGCCACAUCCACAUCCACAUUUACAUUUGCAACAGCAGCAGGAGCAGCAGCCAGCGCAGAGUCAGCAGUAGUAGGAACUUGAUGCGAACAGAACAGAAAGUACACAAGGCUGUCAAUUAUAUAAACAGAAAGAUAUGGUCGUUGGAAAGGACAAGCAUCAACUAUAAAUUAAAUAUGCAUCAAAAAUAGCUGCAAAUAUCUCUUCUUCUUUUUUUGUCUCCACUACCAAAAAUAAUUAAUGUCGGAAUAUGAAACGAAUUGUUCAGGGUUUUUCGCAUUCAGUUUAAAAAACUGCAACUAAAGUUUAAUAGAACGCAGAGUCCGCGCAAUAACUAUAUAUAUAACGAUUAUAAACGUUUGAAAUUUUAACUU